AUGUCUAAUGCCGGAGUCACAAAAUCUCAAAAGCCCAAGCGAAAGGGCCGACCGCGACCUUUGCCUCCGGACGUCACGGCGCGGAACUUGGCAAUUGAGAAACAGCGUCGCGGAGAAAUGAAUGAGAACUUCCUAGAACUAGCCCGCAUGCUCCCUAAUAUCGCCUCCGCACGGCGACUCACAAAAGUGCUCAUUGUGAACAAGAGCAUUGAGCACGUGCGACAACAGCGAGAGCUGUGUCUGGCAGCAGAUCGCGAUAUGCAGGAUUUACUUGCUGAAAAUCGUCGCUUGGUAGAUCAGAUUAAUGCAAUACGUAUUCAGGUAAAUGGGCCAGGGGUGAUGCCCAUGGAGGCAAAGCCUGUGACGGAAACGAUGAAGCAAUUGGCAGAGACAAAGAAUCAAGUGUUUGGAACAUUUGCAGCUGGAUUCGGCGAUAAAUGGGUCGAGAAGGCCUCACAAUCCCAGUCUCAGGCCCAGACUCAGACAGGUGCAGGUGUAGUACAAAGUAUUCCGGCAAGCGAUAUUCAUCCAGCGUCUGCUGAGCAGGCCAGCUUUACAACUUCAUCAACGGGUCUUACGCCAGAUAUUGACCCUGUUGAACAUCCGACGCUAUCGAAUCAAGAUUCUGGAUUGGCUUUGGACGCAGGAUUCGGUCCAAUAGAUGGAAUGUCGCUCCCUCAAGAAGCAUAUGUAUCAGGCGACACGUUCCCGAUAGAGCCAUCAUUGAUACCGGAUCCAUAUACAGAGGGUUUCCCAAACUUGGAUCCAAUUCCAUGGAUGACCGAAGUAGACGUGGAUAUGGCAUUAGGAAGGUAUCAGGGCGGAUUUGAAAAUCCAGGCAUGCUGGAUUGUACAUAG